AUGUCACUCCGCAUCACUCCCGCGCCUUCAAACCCUAAGAGCACGACCGCCACUCUGGGUGCCCCGUCGGCUCCUGGCGUUCACGACACCCUCCGUGCCAACCUCGGUCUGACCGCUCCCUCUGCUGCGUCCUCGUCGAACACCCCAGAGCCGCAGCUCCAGUCGUCGCACCCUCUUGAAGCUCGUUUGGCAAAGUGGCGCGCUACGCAGGAUGCUCUGAAGAUGGAGAAUCUGCGCCGCACCUUCGGUAUGGCCGAGCCCAUCAGACGUGGUAUGGAACUCAAGCUUGUGACUGCUGGCGAGUGGAGGCCCGCUGCCCUGGGCGGUUCCAGCAACGUCCACGGCGAUAUCCUGUCUGGUCGUGAUACUGAAAUUGGCUGGGAGGACGUCUACAAGGGAGACGAGCUCCGCGAGGCGCCAGACUUCCAUUCGGAGAUGGAGGCGCGCAUGAAGAUGACCUGGUAA